AGAACACGAAGGAAGGUUGGAGGUGAUGGGAGGUCAAGUUGGUAGUAGUAGUAGUAGUAGCAUGCAGCAGUGAGUAACAGCAGCGGGUAGUACUUGGAAGUUGUUUGAGUAGCAAAAGCCUCUUUAGUUUAGCAUCAUCCCUUGUCAGCCCUACACCAAUUGCGGUCCCACCUCCAUGUUUUGGUUCCCCCUCUCUUCUCUUUUCUUCUCCUCUCCAUCUCUAUUAACUCUCCGAUGACAAAUUGAACCACCACCACCACCGGAGAAGAAGAAGCACAAAUCAAUACUCCCUACCCUUCCCUCCUCAUAGCGGCAUAGUCGACCGGAGUAGGCGGCUCCGAGACGGGCGCGAUGGGCGAGCAAGAGACGCACAACUUCAUGAAGGUCAGCGUCGACUCCUUCUCCGAGCUGCCCUUCAUCCGCCCCGGGCCAGCUCGCGAGAAUGCAUCCCACACGAGCCCUGCCAUUCGGCUCUUCGGCAUCGACUUCGCCACCGAUCCAGACGCAUCACAAGAUGGCCCCUCCGUCGACCCUCCCUCCUCCACCACUGAGACCAGUAACACCCCGGCGGCCGCUACCACCACCACGUUGACUGACAGUGGCGAGAGCUCGAGGAAGUUCGAGUGCCACUACUGCUGCCGCAAGUUCCCCACGUCGCAAGCCCUCGGCGGGCACCAGAACGCCCACAAGCGCGAGCGCCAGCACGCCAAGCGCUCCCAUCUCCAUUCGGCUAUGGCCUCCCAACACUACCACCACCACCACCACCCCAGCUUCAUCGCUGACGGUCAUGUCUACGGCUACCUCGACUACCGCCAUCUGAGUUCCUUCCCCUCUGCCUCCCGUUUCGACCACCCGCCCCCGACCCACUACCCUUCAUGGACUAGCCACACCGGCUCGGUCACGAACCCUGCGGCUCGCUUCUACGGCGGCCUCGGUUCCGCAUCUCAGCUCAUAAACGGUAGCCCACUCCCGGGGCCAUGGAGAAUGCCGGUGCAUGGCAGCACGGCAGGCUUGCAAGGGAACCAUCCCCCCGCACUGCCUUCGUUCGGAGGAAGAGACGCAAGGAAGAUGGCAGUGGAAGGUACGGGUGGCGUCGGCUCUUCUUCUUCCUCCUCUUCAUCCUUGGCUUCCCCAAAUGAGCAAGGUGGCUUCGAUUCUGGUUCCAAGAACAGUUUGAGUUUGGAUUUGCAUUUGUAGUUCAUCAAGGAUCGGAUACCAAAGAGUUCGUUAAUGAAUUGCAAUUUUCUCUUACUUAUUGCCUCUCUUAUCUCACAAACUCGUUUACAUCUCUCAGACAGUUUACUCCGUGGGGUGCCUUUUUCUUUUAUUCUGUCAGAUUCACAUAUGGAAGUACUUACUUGGUUCCCUUUUCUUUUUUGUGAGCAGAAGAAGGGCCAAAACUUCAAGAUUUUCGAGUCAUUGCAUAUACUAUUUUUACCUCUCAUUCUAAUAUUUUAGAAGCUGAGUGUUAUCAACUGUUCAGUGUUUAUAGCUUAGCUGAAUGCAAGAUAUAAAGGAAUAGACACCACAUAUGAUUGCAACACUGGUUCAGGAAGUGUCAGCUUAAACUGGCCCCAUUCACCACUGAGCAUUGUAACUAAUAUCCUGCAUUGCUUAGAGUUCCUUCCUUUUAUCUUUUGUGGUCUUAGAUG